GUAACUUGUAGAGGGAGACGCUUCAUAGGACAACGAGGAAAUCGAGGACCCGAAUCUAAAUAAAUCGAUCAGUAAAUAGAUCGAGCCUGCUUCCUAGUGAUUUGCGAUUGGAUAGAAAGGGAAGCUGGGGUCAGAGGGUUGAGGGGAGAAGAGGCCGUGUAUUUGUGGCGUUCGAGUCGGCAGCUACGAUCGUCUUCUGGCAAACUUUAUCGUGACACCGUUUUGUACGUGUUCGAGAGUCAGUCGGUUCGUUUGAAUCGAUCGGUCCCUUGGGUUUGAUGUCCCAUGCGAUUUUCGAUCGAUGAAUCCAGUGAUAUAGCAAUUUCCUCGGUGGUGCAUUUACCGUGCAUCGUGGUGGCAGCGUUCCUGCGACGAUCCGCCGCGCAACUCACUGAUGUAGAACAAUAUGGCUGUUAGCAUAAAGUUCACGAAAUUCGACAAUACACCAUGGGGAUUUCGAUUGGCGGGUGGAAGCGAUUUUCCACACCCGCUGACUGUCAUCAGAGUCACAGAGGGAGGUCUCGCGGAAUGUAUGGGACUGAAGGUUGGCGACGUCGUAGUAAGAUUAAAUGAUCAGCCCAUCGGUGGUUUAACUCAUGGUCAAGCGCACGAAGAGCUAAUGAGAGCAGGCAAUAAUUUUGUCUUGGGUGUAAAGAGAGAAGAAGAUCCACUGAAGGCUGUGGAGGCGCUGUCCGAGGAGAACAUCGUACCCUACAAGAUCCCUCUCGCAGAUUUGCCACCGGUCUUCCCAGAAAAGAUUUUAACGGAGGAGACUGUGAUCGAGGAACGAGAGAUAACGAUCGUACAGAAGGUGUACGAAGAAGAGGCGAAACCUGAAGUGGAACCGCUCCCGGAGAAGCCUCAAGACGCCAAUAGCGAGAUCGUGCCGAAUCAGAAUCUCACGGACGACGAGAUUGCCCAACUGAUUUUAGAGGAAGAAGAACUUUUAAACGACAAAGGCGUAUUAGGGGUGAAUUUUAAAAAGCUCAGACCACGAGCUACGGUAUUAAAGCAAUCGAAGGUGAUCGAGGAACUUCGAAACAUCGCCACAGCCGAACCGCCUUUGGUCGAACAAUUGAAACGUACCUCGGUCUUUCUACAGAAGCCCGAACGACCCGUACCAGUGCCCCGUAAAAAGCAGGAGGAACCAGAAGAAACAGAAGUCGAGUCGUACAAAGUGGUGAUAAAGAAACAACAAAAGAGGAGUAUCACCGACAGGCUGUUGGAGAAGGGUUUGCUGAAACCCGAAGACGCGACAAAGACCCCCGAGCCUCCUACUCCCGAGGUAAACAUGGAAAGUAAUGAAUUGGGGAUGAACAUCGAGGAAGACGAUUCGUCGAUCCUUUCGUUCAAGCAAUUCGAUGAUAAUUCAUCUUCAGAACCAACCGUCACGUGUUUCGAGUUCUCUUCUCUGUGUGUCGAACCGGAAAUCGAGAUCUGCUCGAUCCCAUCGUCUUCUCUAAAUCUAGAAUCUGAGAAUCGUGCAAACUCGGAAUUGGAUAUCGUCCCGGUACAAUUGUCUAAACGCAAAGAAAAAGAAACCGUAGCUUCGCCGCGUCGACAGCCGAAUAAGCACAAGUUGAAACGUUUCUACACGAGGGGUCACUAUUUCCGAAGGUGUCUGUUCGGGAAGAGAGGUCACGGUGAGGUUAAAAAGUCGGUCAAACCAAAGUCCUCGUUCGAGGAAUGCUUCCAGGAUGCUUGCGACAACGUGAAACCGAGCACGUUCCAAGAACGUCGUCGUCGAAGUAGCCUGGAGACAUCCCGAAUCAAGGGUCGUUACCUUGAGACGUACUUGAAGCGGGAAGAUAAUUGGAUGAGACGCAUGGUCGAUGGUUUGUUCGACCAGGCUAACUUCGACAACUUUCUCUCGAACAAAUUAUUCGGUAAAGUGAUUUCGAGCAAACGAAUCUCCUCGAGGAGAACCCGUUACGCGGAGAAGAUUCUCCUUCGAAGCGUCGAAUUUGUCGCGAUUCGUCUUCGUUCGGACAUUCAACGAUACCUCGAGCAGGGUGGCUCGAUGAACGUUAUCAGUUCCUUAACAUCCAGAUCGCGAAUCGGCAAACGUCUUUACUUCAAAGGUCGCUACUUCCAGCGUAUAUUUUGGCGAAACUUCGCUCGUAUAGUAAACUACUUGAAGGGUGUAACUUCUUACAAGGAACCACGAGGCCCAGACAGAAGGAGGAGUUCGGUAAUGAUCAAGAUGAAAGGUCACUAUCUGGAGAGAUAUUUAGAAAAUACUUUGUUCGAUCUGGACGAGUUUCGUGAUCGUUACCCGACCCGUUCCUCGUCGUUUGUCGCCUCGAAGAGGAAAUUGUUCGUACGAACGCGUUACUUCGAACGCGUCCUCAGAAAACACUUCGAAUCUCUCGGCUUGAUAGUCAAGUAUAUAUAUCAGAGUAUUUCCGAUUCUUCCGUCGUUAUUCCAGGAUGUGCACCCUUGAACACGUGCCAAAAGCAAUUCGUUACGAGCGUCGAAAACGACGCCGCUCUGUCGAAUUUAAUUCGAUCCUCCAAAGACUUCAUCUCGACAGAGGUGUUCCAUCGUGGAAGCAGACGUUUGUCGAGAUCUUGCAGAGGUAGUUCCGGUUCUCUGAACGUUUCCAAUGUUGCUAAAAACGGUCUGUUCGGUAUCAAUUGGUUCAACAGAGAAUCAACGGAACUGACGACCGGUGAUAAGAAAGGCGUUCAAGAUAACGAUCGCGACCGUCGUAGACUGUCUUUUGUACCAACGAUUCUGUACGAGGGUCUGACGAAUCAUAUAGGGGUCGAUUUCACACGAUUGGUCGCUUACGCUUUCGUGCCUUGCACCUCCAUCAUUUUGUUGUACAUGUACAAGUAAUAUGUUCGACUCGAAACUUGUCGUCUAUCCGUACACGUUCAUUUUAGACGGUGUUAUUAAUAAUUACGAUUAUGUUUAGAUUUAAAACGACGUCACUUGUUCUAGGAUAUCAUCCCUAACAGACGCUAGAUCAUCGUGGAUCAUCUGUAAACGUAUAUUUAAAAAAAAAAAAAGAAAAUGAAACAGUGUUCGUCGUUCGUAAAGUGUGUGUUGUAUCUUCUGUUCAGUGUAACCAUAACACGAUUCUAGAGAUAGCGAUUGUACUUGUUUCUAAGGCUAUGCAGUCGAGAAAAACGAUGACUUUCCCGAUUUCUGAUUAGUCAUUGAAAAGUUCAUACAAUGCUAUCCAAAAUAAUUAAUUAAUGGAUUACUAUCUAAUUCGUGGUGCCGGUCACCAGGGACCCCUGUGGCAACUUUUCUUUUUGAUCGUGUGACUUGCAUGGCCUAACAGGUACAUAUAACGUAGUACAAUGUUUAAAGAAAAAGUCAUCUCGCGUUAUCAUGCACGCGCAGAUCGAUGCAUGUUGUAUCUAUCUAUCAAUAUACUGUUCUCAUUGUCAAUGUGAUGGAUUGUCGAGAAAAUAGUACAUUCGAAAUAAAAAGCAUAUAUUAUCUGGA